AUGCCAGACACGGACAACUCCCCAUCAUCAUGGGAGGAGAUGGAGUGUGGCGCAACAUGCUCCGAACUGAGCAGCACACCUCCCGAACCCAUUGCAGUCAUUGGGAUGAGUUGUCGACUGUCGGGAAGUGCGCAAGACCCUUGUAGCCUUUGGGAAAUGCUCACUUCUGGUCGAACGGCAUGGACACCAGGACCUGGUAACCGUUUCAACAUGAAGGCGUUUCAAAACCCAUCUGCAGACAAGUUUGGCAUGACCAAUACCUGUGGUGGACAUUUCCUCAAAGAAGACGUGGCAGCAUUUGACGCUGCUUUUUUCGGCAUCCACGCGGUGGAAGCAAAGGCCAUAGAUCCUCAGCACCGCCUACUUCUCGAAAUCGCCUACGAAUGCUUCGAGAACGCAGGCUUUAGCAUCGACUCGCUAUGGGGCUCAAACACUGGCGUCUACGUGGGCCAAUGGGCCAACGAUUAUCACGAGAUACAAACACGCGACAUUGAUGCCCCGCCACUGUACCUCACUACCGGCACUGGUCCGGCCAUUUCCUCAAAUCGUAUAUCUUACUUCUUCAACUUGCACGGGCCAAGCUUCACUGUAGAUACAGGUUGCUCUUCCGGCCUCGUUGCCCUGCACCAAGCCGUGCAAAGCCUGCGGAGCGGCGAGACCUCGCAAUGUUUCGUUGGCGGCGUGAACCUAAUGUUGGAUCCCCAGCGUUUCGUUUACCAAAGCAAGCUGAAAAUGUUUUCCAAUGAAGGCCGGUCUUUUGCUUUUGACUCGCGCGCCAAUGGAUACGGCAGAGGUGAGGGAUGCACUGCCGUCAUGCUGAAACCGCUCUCGGCUGCAUUGCGCGACGGCAACCAGAUCCGAGCCGUGAUUCGAAACUCGGUCUUGAACCAGGACGGUCGGACGGCGGGCAUUACAGUUCCUUGCCCCAAAGCGCAAGAGGAAGCCAUUCUGAAAGCUUACCGAGACGCCAUGCUCGACCUCCGCGCCGACUAUGUAGAGGCGCACGGCACAGGGACCAAGGUUGGCGAUCCCAAGGAAGCCGGCGCCAUUGCCGCAGCACUUGCACGUGGGAAUGAUCCCGGAACUUUACUCCCGAUAGGAUCUAUAAAAGCGAACAUUGGGCACACUGAAAGUGCUGCCGGGUUAGCUGGGUUGAUCAAGGCUGUGCUCAUGCUGGAGCAUGGCGUUAUACCACCGCAAGCAAACUAUGAAUUCUCCAAUUCCGACCUUCGACUAGAAGAAAGAGGCCUACGUGUCCCAACUCAGCUGGAACGCCGGACGCUGCGGAGAAUAUCAGUCAACAGUUUCGGAUACGGCGGGACCAAUGCUCAUGUUGUUGUAGACGCCGCUGCCGAUGCAUUCUGUGCUCUGUCCGGUCUUGGGCGGCACAACUCCACGCAACGAAUCUUUUUCAUCAGUGCAGCCAGUGAAAAGGCAUGCCAGAGGAUCUGUGCAGGAUUGGCCAAGUAUCUCGCUAAACGCGCAGCCUCGCAAAAGACUGAUACGUCAGAGGUUCUGGCUCGACUUGCAUUUACCCUUAGAAAGAAGUCUAUUCAUCCAUACCGGCUGGCCCUAGUCGCGCAAGACAUGGAUGCCUUGAUUGAGCAGCUCAUCUUGGCAGCUUCUUCACCGAUUGCGCGUCAAGACAGAAAGCACGAUGCCCGCAUCGGUCUGGUUUUCAGUGGCCAAGGGUCCCAGUAUGCCGAGAUGGGUCGCGAGCUGUUGUCUAGCUCUGCAACCUUUUCUCAAUCUAUUGACAAAGCUUGUCAGCAUCUUCUUGAACUCGGUAGCGGAUGGAACCUACGAAAAGAGCUUUGCAAGCCUCAGGCGACGACGCGCAUAAACGAACCUGCGCUGUCGCAGCCGCUCACAACGGCGAUACAGCUUGCCUUGGUUGAUUUGCUGUUUGAGCUCAACAUUUCCGUCAGUGCAGUGGUCGGACACUCUAGUGGAGAGAUUGCGGCGGCGUAUGCUGCUGAAGCCAUAUCUUUUGAGGAUGCCAUGACCGCGUCAUAUUACCGCGGUUCGCUGACAAGCUCGCUGGUUGUCGGCAAUCCGGAAUGUGACGGCGCGAUGCUUGCCGUCGGUGCAGAUGCAGACGUGGUGAGCCAACGAAUCACUGAGAUUGAUGAUACUCACGGACGAAUGAGAGUUGCUUGCUUCAACAGCCCCAAUAGCGUAACCGUUUCUGGUGAUUCCGCCGCUGUCAACGAAUUGAGGGCGCUCCUCGUUGCAGAAGGCACAUUCAAUCGAAUGCUUCCAACAAAUGGCGCCGCCUACCAUUCUCAUCAAAUGGAGGCCAUGGUCAAAGAAUAUACACUGUCGCUACAGAAGAAACUCUCUCCCAAGAAAGCCACUUCCAUCUACGCGCCGCGGAUAUUCAGCAGUGUCACUGGAAAGGAAAACAACCAGGAGACGCCGCUUGACGGGGCGUACUGGGCUACGAAUCUGCUCAGUCCAGUUCUUUUCUCACAGGCUCUUCGUGAGAUGUGCGAGCAAAAGUACAACGGCAAAGCACUUGACAUGGUUAUAGAGGUUGGUCCACACUCCCAACUUGGAGGAGCAGUCAAGCAAACGAUCAAGGCCUUGAAGGCAAGCGAUGCAAAGAUUGCAUACACAAGUGUUCUCAAGAAGGGCAAGGAUGCGCAGCAAUCGUGGCUGGAAUGUCUGGGCGCCCUGCAUGUCUGCACGGCGACAGUUGAUCUGAAUACCAGCAAUGGGCUCAGUGACAAUGACGUGCCCAUGCUACUUGUUGACCUCCCUCCAUAUCCGUUUGACCAUGAACGCAGCUUCUGGCACGAGACAAGAAUCUCCAAAGAUUACAGACAUCGCAAGCAUGCGCCUCACGAGCUUCUCGGCAACUUCUCGCACGAUACAAACCGUGUAGAGCCGCGAUGGCGCCAAUUCAUCAGCCUCAAACAGACUCCUUGGCUGAAGAACCACUUGGUUCAAGGGCAGAUUGUGUUUCCGGGGGCUGGCUUCAUAACAAUGGCAGUGCAGGCUAUGCGUCAGCACAUGCACGCGACCAGUCCAUUGGUCAAAGUACACAGCCUCUUGCUUCGUAACGUCAGCAUCAGCAGAGCCCUAGUUCUGCCCGCCGAUGGCCCGGAUGUCGAGAUAACCUUGACCCUGCGCCCUGAAUCCCACACGGCAAAAAGCUCCUCGACCGUCUGGAGUGAGUUUCGCAUCUUUACCGUGACACCUGAAAGCGUCUGGACCGAGCACUGCAGAGGCUUGGUCCAUGCCGAGACACAGGCCGCCGACGUCGACGACAUAGCAGCGGAUGUCAAAGACACAGUUGAUGCUGGCGCAGCAUGCACCCAUGAGGUGACUCCUCAAAAGUUGUAUCACCUGGGCCGCGAAAUUGGUCUUGACUGGCAGCAUCCCUUUGACAACGUCUCGAGCAUCCGUACUAGUCGCGACGCGGUCGUAGCGGUCGCUCGCAAGACCAUUUCGGAUGUCGAUGUCGGAGGCAUGGGAGAUAUCCUUCACCCAACCGUGCUGGAUUCUUGUCUGUUCCAUGGAAUUUCUGCAGUUCUUGUGCUUGAGCGAGGUGCCACGUCGACAUUCGUUCCCAAUUUUAUUGAGCAAAUGCGGAUCUUCAACAGAGCGCCAUAUUCAAACAGUGAGCUCGUGAGCACGUCCAAGCUCAGCCAAGACACCUCGACCUAUGAUGUUGUCAUUCAGGAAAGGUGUGGCAAUCCCAGUCAAGCAGUCAUUGUCGCCGCCAAAGGUGUACACACAGCAACUCUCCCAGGAGAUACAGGCCUGAACGAAGUCAUUGGCGACAUCUGCCACAGCCAGGACUGGGUUACUUACGUUGACGCCUGGACGCCUGACCAUCGCAAUCGGAUAUGCAAAUCUGUCGUCGCCCCUGCCAGCUCACUAGAGGAUAACCGUGGACUCGACGCUCUUACUCUGCACUUUAUUCAAAGAGCAGUCAAAGAGGUAGAUCCGGACCGUGUCCCAGACGGACCCCGUCGACAUUUUUUCGAGUGGAUGAAGAGCUACGCAAAUACGUCACUUGACAAUCAGUCUCUCCGACAAGCCUCCGCCAGCCCUGGAAUAUGGGCCUUUUCUGAAGGCGUCAAGAGACUUGGACCGCACUUGGCAGACAUUCUCGUCGAGAAGACAGAUCCCCUCGCUCUUCUAACGCCAGAUGGCCUUUUGGGACAACUAUACACCACUGAGCGCUGUAAACGGUGCAUGGCCCAGAUGAUGGAAUACUGCCAUGCACUGGGGCAGCAGACGCCAGGUCUCAGAGUGCUCGAGGUUGGUGCAGGUACAGCAUCGGCAACGUUGCCGGCCAUUCAGGCUCUGAACGGUCGAGGCAGUACCAAUGCUCAUAGCUACACUUUCACGGAUCUGUCUCCUGCCUUUUUUGAGCCAGCAAAAGAACGUCUUGGUAGCUUUGCCGACGCAGUUAAAUUCGACAUACUGGAUAUAGAGCGCUGUCCACUGGAGCAGGGAUUCCAAGAGGGUGGCUAUGAUCUCGUCAUCGCGAGCAACGUCAUUCACGCGACCCGACGUAUCGACUCGGUCCUCGCAAACAUCAAGAAGUUGCUGAAGCCGGGCGGCAAGUUUAUGCUGAUGGAGCUGACUGUACCGACUCCGCAUUAUAAUCUGUUAUUUGGUGUCUUCAAGGGCUGGUGGGCAGGCUACGACGAAGGUCGUCAAUUGUCUCCUCUAAUACCACGCUCAGAAUGGAUAACGCGGUUGACGCACGCCAAGUUUUCUUCUGCAGAGCUGUGGUUCGAGGAUUAUCCAGAAGAGGAGGGCGGCACAAUGAGUGUCUUCAUAGCCAGUGCGCCAUGGGACUCGGCUGAAGCUGAGCUACCCCCCAUUGACGUGGUUACAACCGAGUUCAGCGCACUCGAGUUUGGCGAUGAGGCAGUCCUAAAGACUACUGCCGUGAGUGAGGAAUUUUCCAAUGCUCAAAUCUCAAUUCGCUGUCUUUCAGAUGUCCCGUCGCAUGGCAAUAUUGUUAUCAUGCUGCCAGAGGUGGCCAGAUCUUUGUGUAAGGAUCUUGAUGGAUCUGUAUGGGAGAGGUUUAAGCACUCGAUUCUCAAUGCGCGCGCUGUGCUGCUCGUUGGCUGUGGCAGCUCCUUUGGCUCCGAUUUUAUCAGCGGAGGAAUCUGGCUUGGUUUCGCACGUUGUUUGCGUCUGGAGCUUCCCAGAUUACGCAUCAUCACAUUGGAUAUCAGUGCACCGCGCUCUUUUAUGAUGAAGAGGCUGGCGAGCGUCCUUCCCCCGCUCACGCGCUCCAUAAAGUUGGGCCUUGGCCUUCAAGGCCGCGUUGAGCUUGACAAUGAGUUUCGAGAAAUCGAUGGACAGCUCUUCGUCUCCCGACUCGUCUCAAACGACAAGAUGAGCGACUACAUACACCGCAGCAGGCAUCGGGCACCACCCGAGCUGUCCCCAUUUUUGGACAAGCGGCGUCCAAUGUCGGCAGAGCUUCGCGUACCAGGGCUUUUGGAAAGUAUCCGGUGGAAGGAUGAUACAAAAGCGACCAAGCUCGGUCCUGACGAGGUGAUGCUGGAGCUGCGCGCCGCAAGCAUCAACUUCAAGGACGUUCUCAUCGCCGCUGGUCAAUUGGAAGGUAUCAAUGAGAUGCGCAACGAUUGCAGCGGAGUCGUUGUUGAAGUUGGUUCCAACAUGCGUGACCGCUUCAAGGCUGGCGAUCGUGUUUGUGCGCUGUACUCACGAUCUUAUACCAACUACCCCGUGGUACAUGGCGACUGCUGCCAAAUUGUGCCAGACAGCAUGUCCUUUGAAGAAGCCGCUGCACUGCCUGUAGUGUGGACGACUGUUUACUACUCCCUUGUGGAUAUGGGCCGCUUGGAAAAGGGAGAAAAGAUUUUGAUUCACUCGGCAGCCGGUGCUGUCGGCCAAGCGGCCAUCAUGCUUGCUAAGUAUAUAGGGGCAGAAAUCUUCGCCACCGUGGGUAAUAGUGCUAAACGGGAGCUGCUUCGUGAGAGAUAUGGCAUUGCCGACGACCACAUCUUCUCUAGCCGAACCCCUGCCUUUCAUGACAAAGUCAAACGCUAUACCGGCGGCUAUGGAGUCGACGUUGUGCUGAACUCGCUCGCCGGCGAUCAGUUUCGGCACUCGUGUAACCUUGUCGCACCAUUUGGCCGGUUUGUCGAAAUUGGUCGCAAAGAUCUUAUGGAUGAUGCACGCAUGUCCAUGGGCUUUCUGCUCAAGAACAUCACGUUUGCCUAUGUCGAUCUCAGUUUGAUCAUGGAGGUGAAGAGGUCGCUUGCAAGACGUCUACUGCAAGACGUUGUCAAGCUUGCAGCUUCGUGUUCCAUUCAACCCGUCACACUCACCACGCUGCCCAUCACGGAGAUUGAGACGGCGUUUCGUAUGAUUCAAGCUGGAAAACAUACCGGCAAGAUUGUUCUUCGAGUGGAAGAAGACCAGAAAGUCAAGGCCGACCCACCAGCGCCUACCCAAGCACAGUUGAAGCCGGACGCAACAUAUCUGUUGGUCGGGGGCCUCGGAGGUCUCGGGCGCGCGAUAGUCACAUGGAUGGGAAGUCGAGGUGCAAAGAACAUUCUGUGUACUUCCCGAUCAGGCUGCUCAGACAAGCAAGGCCAGACGCUGCUUAGACACAUGGAGGCUCUAGGCGUCAAAGUUGUUGCGAUGAAGUGUGAUGUGACAGCCGAAGAACAGGUGGCCUCUCUGCCUAAAGCAGCUGCAGAUUGUGGCCUACCACCCAUCCGAGGUGUGAUUCACUCCGCGAUGGUACUCCAGGACUCUGUUUUUGAGGAAAUGACGGCGGGCGAGUGGCGCGGAGCCAUUGCUCCCAAAGUCGCGGGCUCUCUCAAUCUGCAUCGAUGCUUCGGUAACGAGCUCGACUUUUUCAUCUUCCUGUCGUCGGCCGUUGCGCUGCGCGGCAACCUAGGGCAAUGCAACUAUGCCGCUGGCUGCAGCUUUCAAGACGCUUUGGCCCGAUACCGCACAGCAGCCGGCAUGUCUGCCUACUCGAUCAAUAUCGGUUCUGUCCGCGACGUGGGAUUCGUGAGCGAGAGCCCCCAAGUGGCCGCGGCGCUGCGAAAACAGGGUCUAGGUACCAUCAGCAUGUCGGACUUGCUUGCGAUGCUGAAUUACGCCGUGAUGCAUCCUCGCAGCGGCCAUGCCAAAGACAGCGUGUGUGCUAUUGGCAUGCUUGCCCGGGACACUGACGAGAGCUUGACUGAUCGACGGUUUGCCCACUUGGUCCGCCACGACUUGGUGAGCCAGACAGGCCAAGGCAGCGUGCAGUUUGCCGACAUUCCUCGACUGCUGGACGGUACAGCCCCUGCCGAAAAAUUGCUGGAAAAUAUAUGCCAGCUUGUCUUGCUGCAGCUCAGCAAGCUCAUCGCUAGUCCGGUAGAGACGCUCAGCUCGGCGCAGAGUCUUGACAGCUAUGGAGUAGAUUCGUUGGUGGCUGUAGAGUUGCGAAACUGGGUGGGAGCAUAUUUGCAGGCCAAUAUUCCGCUCAUGGUGUUGAGAGGAACAAGCAGUAUUCAGGAACUGGCAAAGAUAAUCGCCAAGGAGUCGCGGUUUGUAGCAGCGAGCUGUUGA